AUGCCAUGGCUGCUCAAAGGGACCAGGGAAGAAGACGACGUAGUCAGUGAGGAUCUAGUGGCUGAGGAUGCGAAGGAGCUGUAUGAAGCUGGAGAGUUACAGUGGGGAACCACAGAGAGUUCGUUCAUUACUAUCCUUGGAAACCGGAGCUUUUGUCACCUUCAGCUAGUGUUCGAUGAGUAUCAGAAGAUCGCUGGGAAGGAGAUUGAAGAGAGUUUGAGGGGUGAACUGUCGGGUGAUUUUGAGAAGCUGAUGCUUGCUAUGGUCCGAUGUGCCAGAAAUACUCAGGAAUAUUUUGCUUCCAGACUAUACAAGGCGAUGAAGGGUAUGGGGACGAGGGACAACACUCUAAUCCGGAUCAUGAUUUCCCGCAGUGAGAUCGAUAUGUUGGACAUCAGGGAGGAGUUCCGCAUGAAAUAUGAGAAAUCGCUGCACAAUAUGAUAAGGGUGAGUGCCCGUUCGCAGGGCAGCUACAGGCUGAGGUGGGCAUAUGCUGUCCAAACAGAUUCUCCCUGUAGCCCCGUGCCUGGGGCCUGUGACACUGGGUUACGGAGAUCAGUCAGAGCUACUGCCCCUGUUUGUCUCUGUGUGUCUGAGUCGAUGUGUGUACGUUUCUGUGCACGUGUGUGUUUGUACCUGUGA